AUUGUCUGAUGCCAUGUCAUCGAUGGCCACAGAAGCCGAAGCAGUGGACUCGGAGUGGACUCAUGUCGACCAAUACGACAGUAUCUUUGAUUUACCCGAUCCGUGGACUAUAGACUACAUUCAGCCCAAGAUUGAGGUCUUCCGGACGGGUCUGCCUCCGGUUACCAUCACUUAUGACAUGACACCCGACAAAGCGGUUGAUGUCCUUAAAACGGGCGGUUAUUUGUCGGCAAACCGUAUAGUUAUAGUAACGCAUGGCUUCGAGAAUAAGAUCGACACGGAUUGGAUGAUCGCCAUUAAGGAAGAGCUCUUAGGCCAAAGCGAUCAGACCAUAGCGUUGGUCGGAUGGAGUCGUGGCGCCCAUCUGUUGCCCGUCCGGUACAGACAGGCGGCGGCCAAUGUGGAGACAGUGGGUCUAUGGCUGUCCGGUUACGCUCAGCAAAUGAAUCUAUCGAUCCCUGGCCUCGAAAUCUGGGGAAUCGGUCACAGUUUGGGCGCACAUGUGAUCGGAAUCGCCGGACGCAACAGCCAUGCAUUCGCUCGCAUUUCUGGUCUAGACCCGGCGGGUCCGUGCUUUGAGAAGAGAAAGGACACCAAAGAGUUGCGUCAAACGGACGCCGCGUUUGUCGAUGUGAUCCAUACGGACGGCUACUUCCCGUGGAUUGAUCCGCGCGAUUGGAUAUCACCUGUGAAUCAUUACGGGACACUCAUUCCGUUGGGAACCAUUGAUUUCUACCCCAAUUAUGGUUACAAACAACCGGGCGCUCAGGGC